CACUAGCUAACACAAGUCAGUAGGCUGCUAGCUCUUCAACGAAACGGAUCGCAUAUAAUAAUUCGAGAGCUACUAAAAAUGUCAUCUAGCAAGUGGGAAUCUGAUGAGGAGAUCCAGUAUUUUCGCGAGUAUCUGCGCAUUCCGAGUGUUCAUCCCAAUCCGGAUUACGAGCCAUGCCUCGUUUUUCUCAGGGGUCAGGCAGAGCAGUUGGAUCUGCCAAUGGCGGUAUACUAUCCAGCAAAUGAUCAGAAUCCCGUGGCCAUUCUGACAUGGGAGGGCCUCGAGCCCGAGUUGCCCAGCAUUCUGCUGAACUCCCACAUGGACGUAGUUCCCGUGUUCCCAGAAAAUUGGACCCACCCACCAUUUGGAGCUGAAAUCGAUGAGGAGGGUCGUAUUUUCGCCAGGGGCACACAAGACAUGAAGUGCGUGGGAAUGCAGUAUCUGGCGGCGAUUAGAGCGCUGAAAAGAAAUGGAGCGAGAUUUAAACGAACUAUCCACAUAUCCUUUGUGUCGGAUGAGGAAAUGGGCGGUCGUUUUGGUAUGCGGCCCUUUGUGACCACCGAUGAUUUCCUUGCCCUCAAUGUGGGAUUUGGAAUGGAUGAGGGCUUGGCAUCACCCGGCGAGGACAUUCCUCUGUUCUACGCAGAGCGGGCCGUGUGGCGUGUUUAUUUUCAUAUCAGUGGCACUGCCGGUCAUGGAUCCCUUCUGCUGGCCCACACGGCAGGCGAAAAGCUAAACUACAUAGUUGGAAAGAUGAUGGAGUUACGUAAAGCUCAGGUCCAGAGAUUGCAGAAUAAUCCAGAGUUGGUCAUUGGCGAUGUGACGACAAUUAAUUUGACCAAAGUCAGUGGCGGAGUGCAGAGCAAUGUGGUGCCUCCUUUGCUGAUGGUGGCCUUCGAUUGUCGUUUGGCUCUGGAUGUGGAUCAUCAGGAGUUUGAAGCUAAUCUUAACAAAUGGUGUGACGACGUGGGCGGUGGCAUCGAAAUAACCUACGAGCAAAAGCAGCCCAAAGUUCCACCCACCGCCAUCGAUGAUAGCAAUCCCUUUUGGCUGGCUUUCAAGGAAGCAACCGAUGAGUUGAAACUCUCCAUCAAACCGCAGAUCUUUACUGGUGGAACUGACAGCAGAUACAUUCGUCAAGUUGGCAUACCAGCUUUGGGCUUCUCCCCCAUGAACAAUACUCCCGUACUUCUUCAUGAUCACGACGAGUUUAUUCGGGCGGACACCUAUCUAAAAGGUGUGGAGAUAUUUAAAAAAAUUAUAAGCAACGUAGCAAAUGUUUAGUAGGUAUAUCUCCAUUAUCUACUGUGUUGUACAUGAUAACGUCUUUAAUAUAAAUAAACUUCUAUAUUACUUGUU